CCCGCCCUCGGCUCCGGCCGCCGGCCGGUCCCGGCCCGUUCCGGGGCGGAGCCGCUCGGGGCCGUUCGGGACCGUUCGGGUCCUUUCGGGUCCGUUCGGGUCCGUUCGGGGAGUGGAGCCGCCCGGGGGGAGGGGGGUGUCACCCUCAACCCCGCGGCCCCUCCGGGCGCCUGUGCCGAUGCCGGGGGUCCCGCUGCCCUUCGUCCUCCUCCUCCUCCUCCUCACCCCGGGGGGGUCGGCGCAGGCCUUCCCGCGGGACCUGGCCCCGCGCAGCACCGUGGGGUUGGCAGCCACCGCCGCCUACCCCCGCUUCGGCGGCCUCGGGGGCCCCAACGCCACCGCCCAGCUCGGCCUCGACUUCCAGCACAUGCUGCGCCUCAACGGCAGCCUGCUCGUCGCCGCCCGGGACCACAUCUACGCCUUCGACCUGGGGCAGGACGAGGGGACGCUGUACCCCCAGCGGCACCUCACCUGGGAGACGCGGGACAGGGAGAACUGCGCCAUGCGGGGCCGGCUGCAGGACGAGUGCCACAACUACAUCAGGGUGCUGGUGCCCCGCGACGCCGGCACCCUCCUGGCCUGCGGCACCAACGGCUUCAGCCCCCUCUGCCGCACCUACCAGGUGAGCAGCCUGGCGCAGGAGGGCGAGGAGGUGAGCGGCCAGGCCCGGUGCCCCUUCGACGCCAAGCAGAGCGUCGUUGCCCUCUUCAUCGACGGCAGCCUCUACUCGGCCACGGUGGCCGAUUUCCAGGCGAGUGACGCGGUGAUCUACCGCAGCCUCAGCCCCGGCCGCCCCCCCCUGCGCACCCUCAAGUACAGCUCCCGCUGGCUGCAGGAGCCCCACUUCGUCCAGGCGCUGCCCUACGGCCCCUACGUCUACUUCUUCUUCAGGGAGGUCGCGGUGGAGCUCAGCACCCUGGGCAAGGUGGCGGUGGCGCGGGUGGCGCGGGUGUGCCGCAAUGACCGGGGCGGGUCCCCGCGGGUGCUGGAGCGGCGCUGGACGUCCUUCCUGAAGGUGCGGCUGCAGUGCGCCGUCCCCGGCGACGCCGUCUUCUAUUUCGACGUCCUGGAGGCCGUGACCCCCCCCCGGGCCCUGCACGGGCGCCCCGCUGUCCUCGCCCUCUUCGGCACCCAGCCCAACAGCAUCCCCGGCUCGGCCGUCUGCGCCUUCUACCUGGCCGACGUGGAGCGGGCGUUCGAGGGACCCUUCGCCGAGCCCCGCGGCGCCGCCGGCACCUGGACCCCGGUGCCCGAGGACAGGGUGCCCCGACCCAGGCCGGGCUGCUGCGCCGGGAUGGGACCGGCCGCCGGCGUCGUCACCUCUGGGGACUUCCCCGACGAGACGUUGGCCUUCGCCAAGGAGCACCCGCUGCUGCACGGCGCCGUGGCACCCGCCGGCGGGCGGCCCCUCUUCACCCGCACCGGCACCCGGCUGACGCAGCUGGCGGUGGACACGGGUGCGGGGCCGCGGGGGAACCAGACCGUGCUCUUCCUGGGCGCCGAGGACGGGCGGGUGCUGAAGGUCCUGGCGGCCGCGCGGCACCCCAGGGUUACCCGGCACCCCGGCGGCACCCCGGCACCCGGUGCCAGCCGCGAGCCCGGGGACACUGGGGACACCGGGGACACCGGGGACACCGGGGACACCGGCUCCGAGACGCUGCUGCUGGAGGAGAUCAGCCUCUACGACCCCGGGCGGUGCCGAGGUCCCCGGGGUGCCAGCCGGGUGCUGGGGCUGGAGCUGCACCCGCCGGGCCGGGAGCUCUACGUCGCCUUCGCCGGGUGCCUGGUGCGUCUGCCCCUGAGCCGCUGCGCCCGGCACGGUGCCUGCCGCGGGAGCUGCCUGGCCGCCCGGGACCCUUACUGCGUCUGGCUGCCCCCCCGGGGCUGCGUCCCCUUCUCCGAGGACCUUCCGAGCGGCUUCGAGCAGGACGUGGAGGGAUCCCCUGGGAUCACGGGGACCUGCCAAGACGCACCAGCCGCGGGGGACGGGGACUUGGCCCAUGGGGUGCGCCAGGCCGGGCUGGGGGCCGCGGUGCCGGUGCCGGUGCUGGUGGGCUGCGUGCUGGGCGCCUUCGCCCUGGGCGCUCUGGGUGCCGGGCUGCUGGCAGCCUGCUGCCGCCGCCCCGCCGCCCCCAAGGGACCCCCGGAGCCCCCCGCCGCUCUGCAGCCCCCCGGCCCCCGCCUCUACCCCCCGCUGCCACCCCCGGGAGGGGCCGGGGGCCCGCGGGACCCCCCCGAGCUGCCCACCCCCGAGGCCACCCCGCAGCCACCCAGCAAGACGCCCCGGGAGCGGGCGACGGAGCCCCGGCGCGGCCAGACCCCCCAUCCCAGCACCCCAGGGUGCCCGGAGCCCCCAGGCCCGGGACCCCCACCCAAGGCCGCCCUGGAGGAGCUGCUGCAGCGGGUGCACGGGGCGGGGGGCUCGGGGUGGCCGGUGGCCCCCCCGGGCAGCGGUUCCUUCGCCAGCCUGCUGCGGCCGGGCGCCCCGUUGCCCAGCCUCCCCCCGGCCCCCCGCGACGGGACGCUCCGGCGGCUGGACGUGCCCCCCGACAGCCCCCCCCCGCCCCGGCGGCCCCUGGCACAGAGACACUCGCUGGGGGGGGCGCCCGCCAGACCGCCCGGCCCGGCCCGGGGGCUCACCCGCAUGCACUCGCUGGGGACCCCGGGGGGGCCGCCCUGGGGGCCCCAGCCGCGUCCCCUCGCCAGCAAGCCCCCCGUGCUGCCCAAGCCCCUCCCCGUGCCAGCAGCCCCCGGGCGGCCCUGAGCCCCCCCCGGCGGGGACACGGGGACGUCCUGGUCCCCAGCACCCAUGGGACCCCCCUGCUGCGGCUGGCGGGGGGGGCCUGAGCCAGCCCCUGCCAGGGUCCCAGCUCUGUGCCAUGAGGGUCCCCGUGUCCCCAGGCUGGCCCCCAUGGGGGGGGGACGGGGGUCCCCGUGUCCCCAGGCUGGCCCCCAUAGGGGGGACAGGGGCCCCCAUGGGGUGACAAGGGUCCCCGUGUCCCCCAGCCAUCCCAUCUCCCUGUCCAGGGUGAUGAGGCUCCCCAUCUCCCAGAGCUUUUUUGUUUCGUUUUGGUUUUUUUUUUUGAUUGUUUCUAAUUUAUUCGCUGCUCUGGGGGUCGUUGGAGCCACAGCCCCCCCCCCCCAGGGACACCAGGCAGGGGACACGGUGGCUCUCUGUGCCACAGCUGGGCUCGUCCUACCGUGUAGGACCAGGGCUCAGCCCCACACCCAUUAAAUCCGUGGUCGCUCCACCACCA